CAAUCAACCUUCAGAGCUUUCGUUAACUACACGAACAGUAAACUGUUGAAAAUUUGUAAUGGCGAUUUGUUUUUUCUUUCAGAAAGUUUUACUCUUAUAUUUUUCUUAAUUGACGAUGGAAACAGAAACUCCGUUAUCUUAUUACAGAUUUAAAUCAAGACCAACAAAUAGACAAUUGUGGCCACAAAAUAAAGAAGGCGAAAGCUUGUUUAAAGAUUGGAUUAAUCGUGUUAAUGUAACGUUAGAUCCAUGGGAUAGAAUCGAUUCUCCACAAUUCAUAGACUUUUUUAAUAUACCUGAACUCUCUGAUAGAUUUUUUGAAACAAAAGUAGAAGAAAAACCAUUGCAGCACAGUGCAAAUGCGCAGAGACUUCCUCGAACGAGUGAUUAUAACGAUCAAAAUGAACUAAUUAACUUACUAGACAAUUUUUCUUUGACAAAAGAAAAGAAACAACAAUUGGAUAAAAAAAAUGGAAUCGAUAAAGAAAAUCGAGGGGAAAAGAAACGAGAUUUAACAAGACAAUGUAUUCAAGUGAAACAUAAAACAACGACAAGAGAAAACACAAAAAAUAUAACAGAGAAAGUGUAUACUGCCGUGAAGUCUUUUAAUUUUGAUUUGCGAAAUAAAUGCAAACAACAACAAGAGACAUUUAAAGAAGACAAAAAAGUGCAUGUAUUUGGAGCGAAACCUGUACCUAAAUUUAUUAAAACAUUGGCACCAUCAAAGUCUAAUUAUACAAUUGGUGAAAAAUUCAAAGAAUCGAAUAAAAUAAAUUCCGAAAAAUCUAUUAAAAAAUGUCCGGAAAUUUGGAAAAAGCCGCCAUUCUUACCUAGUCUUACUAAGAGAAUUUUAAAAAUACCAGAAACUCCACUUCUUUUGACAGCAGUUAGAGCUAAAGAAAGAAAACGCUUCGAGGAAAAAUUAAAAGAAAAGGAAAAAGAAAUGAUUGCUACAACUGAGAAGAAAUUAGAAAAAGAAGAAAUUGCUUGUUUGAGAACCAAAAAUUUUCAUAAAGUUCAACCUAUUCGCAAGUAUAACUCAAAUCUGACGCGAAUCGAGAAACGUCCUCUUAUUGAACCACUAGAUCCAUUGAAUCAUAAACGCCGACGACGCGUUUAACAAAUUUUUAAAAUAAAAUAAAAUAAAAGAAAAAUAACAAGCAUUUGCUUUGUUUUCUUUUUAACAUAUUUUCUCAUUGAAAUUUACAUUAAGCUUAAUAUAAUAUAUUUUUAUUGCUACUUUAAUGCUACUUUAAAAAGGGGCAAUUCUUUUUUUGUAAAAUUUGUAUAAAUACCGUUUGUAUACAUAUAUUUAAAAAAAAAUUCAUAAACGAAUAUAUUUUUGGCUCAUUAAAAUAGUUCAGUAUAAAUUUUUCCAUUAUAGAGACAUAAACAUCAAUUGUUGAGGAUUAACAAAUAUGAUGAUUUGAAUGAUAAAAAUUGUAAUCGUAACAAUAUAAUAUUUAUCAUACUUUACCAACAAUUACUUUCGUACUAUAUAUAUUUCUUAAUUAUUAUUAUUAUUACUUACCAACUUAAAGUGGUGAACAAAAUUUUGCUUUUGUAUUUAUUUCUAGAUUUCAUUUUAUUAAAAUUUGUCCAUGUUAAUAUUAUAAAAAAUAAGUAAGUAUGUUAUCAAGAAAAUUGUAAAUUAAGACAUAUUCAUUAAAUUAACAAUUUGUACCCUAUACUUAGAAUCAGAAAAUAAUUGUCUCCAAUUCUCAUGCAUUUAUCGCUAAAAUUUUUUGUGGUCAGAGAGAGAGAGAGAGUAUUUGUCCCUUUUAUUAAAGAAAUUUAGCACUAUUAACAAAAUUACAUAUAAUUAAUCUUUUGAUCUAAUAAAUCUGUUUAUCUACAAUUAGUUAAAAAAUAUAAAUUCAAAGAUUGCAGAGUCUAACAUUUAUAAAGUUAAGCUUAACAUUUAACAUAUAUCAGAAGAUUACUAUAUUGUAAAAUAAGAAUAAUAUAUACUUGAACUUUAUAUGUAAGAACAAUAUUUAAAAAUAAUAGGAAUAUAAAACGAUAUAUUAUAUAAUAUAUAAUACAUUCAUCACUAACGCAAAUUAAUACUGUUUCGUGAAUUUGCAGAUAUGUAAGAGCUUUAAAAAUUUUUUUGAAUUGUCUCUCAGAUGGCAUUAUUUGUAAAGAAAUCUAUUUACCCACAUAUAUAUAUAUAUAUAUAUAUAUAUAUAUAUAUAUAUAUAUAUAUAUCACAUGAAUGAAGUUAUUAGAGAAUGAAAAAUAAAGUGUAUAGAGAUCAAAAAGAUAAAUAGAGC